AUGUGCAGAUUUUUAAUUUUUAAAGGGACCGAACCUAUUAGAUUAUCACAUUUGUUGACGAGGCCAGCCCAUUCCAUUAUUAACCAAUCUUUUGAUAGUAGAUUAAGAUUAGAUCGAAGGAGACCUAUUAAUGGUGAUGGUUUUGGUGUUGCCUACUAUCCAACCGAUGCUGAAUUAGAUCAGGAUGGUCCAUGUAUUUUUAAAGCCAUUACACCUGCUUGGAACAAUCAAAAUUUAGAUACUUUAGCAGAGAAAACAAAAAGUAAUUUGGUUUUUGCCCAUGUUAGAGCAUCUACUUAUGGUGUUUUAUCUGAAACCAACUGUCAUCCGUUUACUUAUCACAACUUAACAUUUAUGCACAAUGGCGGCAUUGCUAAUUUUAAGCUAAUAAAACGUAAGUUUCUAGCAGAUUUGGAUGAUGAAUAUUUUAAUUACAUACAAGGAAGUACUGAUUCGGAAUGUGCAUUUGCAUUAUUCUUGGAUACUUUACAUAAAAUGGGCCAUAAUCCCACCAAAAAAGAUGGCAAUUUUGGACAUAAGGUGUUACGAAAAUGCCUAUUAAAGACUAUUUCUAGAAUUAAAGAUUUAACUAAAGAAGCUUAUGAAGUUCCUGGCAGUAAUAAGGAGCCUUCAUUACUGAAUUUUGCUGUUACCGAUGGUAGUUCUGUGGUAAUUUCACGUUACAUUACUUCUAAAACUGAUGAGGCGGCAUCUUUGCAUUUCAGCUGUGGUUCCAGCUUUGUAGAAUAUGCACCUGGAGAGUAUAGAAUGGAACGAUUAGAUAGGAAUCAGGAUGUCAUUAUGGUUGCAUCUGAACCUUUAACAUUUGAAAGAGGAGAUUGGACAGCAGUUCCAACGAACAGCAUGUUAACUAUUAAAAACCAAACUAUUUUAUUGCAUCCUAUUAUUGAUGAAUACUAUCAGGAAGAUCCAUUGUUUACAAGAAGUUCCGACUUGGCCGAAAGGAAGGGUUUAAUGGGAUCUAUUCCAGUUUCUGUUCCAACGGAGAAAAAUGUUCCACCUCUAGAAAGAGAGGGGCGUUCAAGGCCUUCAACCAGUGCACAAAGCAAAAAUUUGGCUAUACAUGCAAUAUAA